UUUCUCUUUGACAUGGCAGAUUUCGAACCCGGCUCCCUGCCCGACCUUUUGCCGCUGUACUACCGCCGCGUCUUCCCCUUCGGCCUUUACGGGCGGUGGCUGCGCUACGGCGACGUGUCAAAGAAUUACUUUCAGCGAAGGGAGUUUUCGUUCACGCUCCGCGAUGACGUCUACGUGCGGUACCAGUCUUUCAACACACCCUUGGAAUUGGAAAAAGAGAUCCAGAAAAUGUGCCCUCACAAAAUUGACAUUGGGGCUGUGUAUUCGCACAAGCCCAUCCAGCACAACAUGGUACACCUGGGUGCCUUCCAAGCCCAGGAGAAAGAGCUCGUAUUUGAUAUAGACAUGACAGAUUACGAUGACGUUAGAAGAUGCUGCAGCUCUGCAGAGAUCUGCCCCAAGUGCUGGACUCUGAUGACCAUUGCCAUCCGCAUCAUAGAUCGGGCACUCAUGGAGGACUUCGGCAUCAAGCACCGCCUCUGGGUGUACUCGGGACGGAGAGGCGUUCAUUGCUGGGUGUGUGACGAAUCGGUCAGGAAGUGGUCUUCAAAUCUCCGCUCUGCAGCAGUGGAAUAUCUCUCCCUUGUGAAGGGUGGCGAAGAGACCAUCAAGAAGGUGACUCUUCCGGACAACAUCCACCCUUUCGUCAGCGAAUCUCUAAAUGUGGUGAAGCGUUACUUCAGAGAGUAUGCACUUGUCGAGCAGGACAUUCUUGGAAGUAAAGAGAGCUAUGAAAAAGUGUUGGCUUUGGUCCCAGAGACGGUUCGAAAAGAACUGCUCCUGGAAUUCACUAAAAAGCACGAUUCAGUCAAGCGCUGGGAGCUUUUGACAAAAGCAAUGGAAAGACACAGUAACACACUCAAGAAAAUGGUGCACACUGAGUCUGAGAUCAUGCUUCAGUACUGCUUUCCGCGGCUAGAUAUUAACGUCAGCAAAGGAAUCAACCACUUGUUGAAGAGCCCCUUCAGCGUUCACCCCAAAACAGGACGUAUUUCAGUUCCAAUCGACCUGAAGAAACUGGAUGAUUUUGACCCAUUUGCUGUUCCCACUAUAAGCCGCCUCUGUCACGAGCUGGACACAGUUAGCAAUGACGAGGAAGGUGCAAAAGAAAAUGAAGGGGAGCCCGAAAACUCUCGGCGAAGCAGAGAUUACAAGAAAACCAGCCUGGCUCCAUACGUGAAAGUCUUUGAGCAGUUCCUGGAGGAAAUGGAAAAAUCUCACAAAAAGGAACGUCUCAAGGCUAGCGGUAAGGGUUUGAGUCAGAAUGAGAGGGUUGGCCCUGUGCCGUCUUGGGUUGAUGUGGCUAUCAUUCUGGAGAUAACCCUCUCCAAAGUAAAGUACAUGAGAGCUUGUGAAGACCGGUGA